AUGGACCAGAUAUUCUCCAAGCAUGAACAUGAGAUGGCAAAUUAUGCUCUGUCCUCUAAGCGCUCUCUCCCUGACGACUCUAUUGAAAGAGUAUCCCCUCCAGAGUCUACUGUUCCGAUCACUCGCAAGAAACUUUCGUCUCUUUUGCAGGACGAUACAGGAAAUUCCCGUCAAAAUCAACUCAAACAGCCCCAAUCGUUGUCACAUGUCAUGGAUGUCGCAGAUACGUCCAAAGAAAUUGAAGACGACUCUGACAAGGGGAUUGAUAUUCCUGUCAAGAAAUCGUACGGCAUUUUUGAACGGACAACACGACAAACUACAAGGCGCACAGCCCGACUGUCUGGCCAAACGAAAAGUGACGAAGUUAUAUCUCAGGGCAAACUCAAAUCCUUGCUCCAGAAAGAUCCAUUCCGGAAAAAAUGGCAAAAACCGCUGGUGUAUCCAAGAGUUGGCAAGAAAAAGGCCGAGGUCAACGUCGAGGACCGCGACCGGCUUCGUGAUGAUGAGUUCCUUAACGACAACCUUAUCGGGUUCUAUAUGCGCUUUUUGCAAGAUCACCUGGAGCGCACCAACUCGGAGGCUGCGAAGCACGUGUACUUUUUCAACUCUUACUUCUUUGCUACUCUCACCAAUAAGGGUGCCCGUGAGAUCAAUUAUAGUGGUGUAGAGAAAUGGACCCGCAACGUCGACUUGUUCAGCUACAAGUACAUUGUCGUUCCCAUUAACCAAAAUGCUCACUGGUAUGUCGCCAUCAUUUGCAACCUGCCAAGCUUGCCACUCGAGUCUGCCAGUCGCGUUGAAUCUCCUGCCAUACGUGCAGGCGAUGAAGAACGGUCGAAUCCGGCGGAGAACGAGGUGCAAGAGAUCGUUGAAUCUCCGGAGCCUGAGCCAAUUCCAGCCUCCCCUGAGCAUCCAAAAGACAAUACUGCGAAGAAGGCGGAAGAUCAGUCUGAAUCCCCCAAGUCUCAGGCCACGCGAGCAUCGCUUGCUUCCUUGUCCCUUGAUGAUUUCACAAAUGCAUCUAAUGAGGCAGAUAAACUAGAGGAUCCCGCCUCCGCAAGCGAGGAUUGGCCCGAUGGCGAAGAGACUAAUACUUCGACUCCCGCCAAAUUAUCUCCGCCGGUACAGGCCGAGCCUGUCGCUUCCACCACUGCUGCUAAGCAGUUAGCUCGGCAGCCCAAGAAGAAAGCUCGUGGAGGCCACCGGUUAGACCCUAGCCAGCCCACCAUUAUCACCUUCGAUUCUCUUGACCUUGGCCGCUCGCCAACGAUCAAACUGUUGCGGGACUACAUCUGUCAGGAGGCUGCAUCUAAACGGGGCGUUGAAGUCAAUCCCACCAACAUAAAGGGCAUGCGCGCUCGUGCGAUCCCCCUCCAGCCAAAUUAUUCCGACUGUGGGCUGUAUCUGCUGGCAUACACGGAGAAGUUCGUUCAAAACCCUGACCAAUUUAUUGCAAAACUUCUCCAGAAAGAGAUGGACGAGCACGAUGAUUGGCCCCCGCUAGGAUCUGGUCUGCUUCGGCUGCGUCUUCGGGAUUUUCUUGAUAGGCUUUAUGAAGAGCAGGCACAGACGAAGAGCGACAAGGGUCUGAUGGCCGAUCAGCAGCCAGUCUCGUUUUUGUUGGGGCCACCACCGCCAGUUCAAGCGGUCGAGGAUCAAAAUACCGUGGAGAUACCUUACCCUAAUUCUUCCAAGGUCGACAACAAAUCUGUAGACAAGGAGGUUCAUGAGAAGGAUGAUGGCCUUCUCAAUGAAGAAAGCGCAGAGCCGAAUGACUCAAGUGGAGAUACUCCUCAACUGGUGCCAACAGACUCGGGUCCAGUACGCCCACCAAAGGACGAACCAUCAAGAAAACCUCUAGCCGCGCUCCCAAAGCCGACUGCCUCGCCCGGUGAUUCAGAAGUCGUUGAGGUCCCCGACAGCCAGGAGGCACCCAUGGCGUCUACAGAACCAAAGCCGCGGAGUCGCGGAGAGCAGAAAAAGCCCUCGAAAGAAACAGACGCGAGACUCGCUAGCAGAAAAUCUGGAAGAGUCGAGGUUCAGAUCCGAGCUACUCCACCACCUGGUACCCCAAAACCAGCGCGGAAAAGCCCACGGUGGCAAGCGCGCAAAAGCUAA